AUGUCCCGCGUCACCGCGCCCAUGUCCAAGAUCUCCAGAGCGCUGAGCGCCGCCUCGCCACGGCUCGACGGCUCCGCACACAGCGCCGGCGCAGUCCUCAUGCCCAAAUACGCUGAGCUGCUGCGCAACCGGCCCAGCGAGCUCUCCGACUCGCGCGGCCUCGCCACCGCCCACCGACCUACACCCCAGCCCUCCCUCGCCAACCGCUCCAAGCCGCUCAUGCAGACCUUCCACUCGUCCGCCCCGGGCGCCUCCGUGGCUCACACCGCCGCCGCACACAUCGACGCCGCCGUCCUCCCGUCGCCGAGCCUCCUCGCCGGCUCGUCGAGAGUCGACCACGGCCCGCGCGUGCCCCUUCUCCCGGACAACUACGGCGCCGCCCACACGCCCCCUGCCUCCGAGGCCGCUGCCAGGCCGGAGGUGACGAUUGUCGCCGCCGACCCAGACAACGUCGUUCCGGGGGCGCCCUUGUCCGGAGUCGAGGGCAUCGCCUUGGACGGCGUCGAGCUCAAGUUCCUGUAUCAAGACCCCGGCCAGCCGGGCGCCCACGAGAGCAGCAGCAUGAUCCGUGACAUCUGGAAGGGCAUGGUCGAGGACGUGUUUGGCGGCGCCCCCAGCAAGGCCAAGGCCAAGGCUGGCUGA